AUGGAUAAAGGCAUCAGUAUCCAGAACCCGUACGCCAGCGUUACCAUCCCCAGAGCCCAGCUGAAGAGCAGCUUUAUCCGGAACACGCUGGGUGAGGACCUCGAUGGGGUAGUUGUUGCUAACCCCGCAGUCGUGCCCUCCUACCCCACCUACACAGCCCAAGUACAGGACCCCAACACCAGUGCCAGCCCAAAUGCUUCAUCCUGGGAGGGCAACAAAGUUAAUACUCGGGAGUCCUGGAGGAAACCCUACAAUCCGUAUGCUUCAGAGAAAGCACAAAAUGGCGGCCAUCCUGAGACAAUGUAUUCCAUCGACUUGGACAAGAGAUACAAAGAAGUGGAGGAGAAGCCGUGCUGCUGUUACCCCUGCUGUAAAUGCUGCCCCUGCUGCCGAAAGUCCUGCUGUGUCAUCUCCUAAAAAUGAGGAGACCUUGACCUCGGCCCUUGGCCUACAAACUCAAGGUAAAGCUUUUAUCACACUGACCCAUAGGCAGGACCUGGAUACAAACUGGGAGAACUCAAGACGACGGAUCACAUGAGCCCUCCCUACAUUCUGAGUGAUCUGCUUAGAUCCCUUUCUUGUCCAAUCACAAGCUGCUCCUCCGAUCCUUUGCUUGAGUUUAGUUGCCAAAUAAUCCUGGUUUCUUGACUACAAAA